AUGGCGGCCACCAAGACCACCCAGGCCACCACGCGUGACCUGCUCCCCGAGCGUCGGUAUUCUCCCACCGCCAAGUCGAUACGUGCGCGGCGGAAGAUUGAGUCGCUCGUGCACAACUGUGAGAUCGCCGACCGCAUCAACGUUGCCGAGAACGAUAAACUGCGUACCGAACUAAAGGAGCACCAGAAACAGCUGCAUUGGGCCCUCGGCCGCUGUAUUUUCCUCGAGGAGAUGUACGAUGUCCCCAAGGAGGGGCAGGAAGUGCAGGAGGAGAAGGAGGAGAUAGAGGAGCCGGAGCAGAAAAUGCUCGGUGUGUGGGUUGAUUAG